UGAUAGGCGGUCAUUACGUCAUUUCCUGUCGCUAUGCUAACAUCGCUGCCAACACCUUUCUACUAAUCCAGCAGCUGCGGGAUCAUGACGUCAUUCACUGCUUUCCAGCCACGCCCCUCCCAUGGGCCGGCUGCCUCUCCGGCUGCCUGUAAAGGAGCGGUCCUCCCGUGAACCGGUCUGACUGGCCUGGCGGUCCGGCAGCAGGAGAGCAUGAAGACCGCCGCGGUGGCUUUUUACGGAGCGGCUCUGGUUCUGCUGCUGGCCGCUCUGAAGGAGCUGCUGACCGGCUUCGAGGAGAACAGAUGCAGCAUGACCUACAUGUUCGAGCAGCCGGAGUACCGGAGGGUGGUUCUGCCUCGCCGCGUGUCCCGACUGUUCCCCGCCUACGGGCUCUACCUGUACGGGGAGGGCGUCUACGCUCAGGAAACCCGGAACCUUAAACUCAGCGGAACGCCCGUCCUGUUCCUGCCGGGGAACGCAGGGAGCUACAAGCAAGCUCGUUCUCUGGGUUCCGUGGCUCUGAGGAAGGCAGAGAACAUGGAGGCCGGUCUGCAUCUCAACGUCUUCACGGUGGACUUCAAUGAGGAGCUGGUGGCGUUCUACGGCGGCAGUCUGCUCAGACAGACGCACUUCCUGCACGAGUGCAUCAAGGCCGUCCUGCGGCUCUACAAGAACCUGAAGGUUCCCCCUCGGAACGUGGCGCUGGUGGGUCACUCCAUGGGGGGGGUUGUGGCCCGGGCGCUCUUCACCCUUCCUCGCUUCAACCCUCGCCUGGUCAGCCUCAUCGUCACCCAGGCCUCCCCCCACGUGGCUCCGGUUCUGGCCCUGGACCCGUACCUGCUGGAGUUCUACGUGGCGGUCAGGCAGAAGUGGUCGACGCAGGCGCAGAAGCUCAGGAACGUCACUGUUCUGUCGGUGGGAGGCGGUUACCGUGACUACCAGGUCCGAUCGGGUCUGACGUCCCUCCCCUGCCCCCCCGGAGAUCCCAACAAGCUGGCGCUGGUGGCCACCGCUGUCCCCAGAACCUGGCUCUCCACCGACCACCUCUCCAUCGUUUGGUGCAAGGAGCUGGUUCUGGCCACGGUCCGGGCGUUGUUCGACCUCGUCGACCCUGAGACCAGACAGUUGACAGACGACCCGGAGAGGAAGCGGGCCGUCCUGAACCACCACUUCGUCAGACACCCGGCGCGGACGCCGCAGGACGCCGCCGACCCGUCCGUCUCCAUGCCAGAUGUUCCUGAAGCCUGGAGUGAAGUCAACACCUUACGUCUGUCCUACAGAACCCCCAAGGAAGGACAGCUGAAGUACUUCCUGUUCGCUCUGUCCAGCCGCCGCCGCGCCUACAGCCACUUCUACUGCCGCUCCAGCAGCCUGGAGUCAAGCAGCUGGGUCCUGGGCUGUGUCCGCACUGCCGGGUCCUCAUGUGCCAGCGCCGUGGAUCUCUCCUCGGGGACCGAGCUCCUGCCUCCAUAUAAGGUUCUGGUUCUGAGUCUCAGCGACUUGUCGUCUUUCACUCACCUGGUGGUUUCUGCCUCCAACCUCAGCGGUAAACAGUUCACGGUGGAGUGCGAGUGGCAGAGAGAAGCGGCUCAGACUCUCUCCGUCUCCGUGCCUCAUCUCCUCUCCUUUGGGUUCUCUGUGGGCGAGGUGACGGUGAACUCCUCAGGACUUCUGCACCAGGUCCAGCUGCUCCACUUCCACCAGGUGUACCAGGCCUUCCGGAUCAGCGUGGUGAGCAGUUGCCGUGGGAACGCAGACCGACUCCCCAGCGUCUACCGCCUACGGGUUCCUUGGUUCCGAGAGGACUCCUUUACCACAGCCAGUGUGCCGUCGGCCUCCGAGAUCUCAGGGAUGCUUCACACCAGUCGCCCCGGAAAUUUCUCCAAUGUCCUGCUGCAGCUGCACACCGCCCCCAACUGCCAGUAUAAGGUGUCGAUCAGAACCUCCUUCCCCAAGGUUCUGGGACAGGUGCUGAGGUUCUGUGGUCCCAUGGUUCCGGUCUACACCGCUGUCACUCUCCUGCUGGCCUGCAGGGGGCAGCUGUGCUCCAUCCUGAGGUCGGGCAGAGCAGCAGACAUGAUGCAGGUGGUGAGCGCAGGCCUGCAGCCUCAUCAAGUUCUCCUUCCUGUCUACCUGCUGCAUGUUCUCCUCAGCUGUAGCUGCCUUCAGGACAUCUCCUCCGUCCUCGGUCUCCCCCCAGAGGACACUCUCCCCCCCACCUUCCCUGAUGGGGUUGAAGGGGCGGAGUCACACGAGGAGUGGCCCCACCUCCUUUCUCCUCUGUUGUAUGUUCUGGGAGCAGCUGUGGCGUUCUGGGGCAGCGCUCUGCUCCGCCUCCUCAUCCGCCUCGUCUCCCUGUUUCUGGCUCCGCUGCACAGACCGUCUGUCUCCAGAACCAGUGGAACGCUGAGUCUGCAGACCCAGUUCCUCCUGGGUGUCUGUCUGUAUGCUGCAGCCUGGAUGUUCUGUGGAGCUCUGGCCAUCUUCACCUCCUGUCUGCUCCACCUGUACCGGGUUCUCAGGCUGCAGAUGACGGAACGAUCUUUGGGUCACAUGCUGAAUCUGGCUCCUAACAAACGGAAAGUAACCGCUAACGGUGCGCCAGAGGCAGAACCUCAGAGCGGAACCUCGCCGCGUGGCGGCGCCCCCCUGCUGUCUGAAGGUGCGCUGCAGGAGGUGAGGGACGACCUGCAGCUCCACCUCAGCCUAAUGCCGCUGCUCAUUCUUCCCGUCAUGCUCAGCGCGCCGUCGCUCAUCCACUGGAGCCGCAACCUAAGGUUCUCCACCCGGUUGGAUCCAGAUCCAUGGUGGCUUCACUCCGUGAUGCUGGCGUCCGUCUACCUGCUGCUCAUCAACGCCACCGUGUCCAAACUCAGCAUCAGACUCCUGCCAGUCAUCUCCCGCCUCCCUCUCCCAUUGGCUGUCACCAUGGCAACCUUCUCUUCACUCCACCUCUACAGACUCGCCUACUUCCUGGAGGCAGUGCUGGUUCCCCUGGCCUUCUGCUUCAUCUUCUGAUUGGACCCGCUCCGCUGGUCCCGGGUCCAGCCGAGCCAUAGAAAUACAAAGCCUAGAACCGCCACCAAGAGGUCCGAUUUAAAAAGAAAAGCGGCUGGAGGAGCUGUUGUGACCCGCUGGAUGUCCUGACACCAUGUUUGCCUUACUCUGUGUCUGUAGUUCUGCCUUCUGUCUGUGGACGGCGCCGUGCGUGACCCGGUCCACCCACGGCGCCGUCUUCUAAUACUGCCUGCAGUCGGGUCAGGGCCCAGAACCAGAACCGCUGACAGAACUGUUUACAUUCAUCAGGAGAACAGGAAGUCCACUUUGGGUCAGGGUUCUGGUUCCGUUUACUAUCUGACCCAAUCACUUGAUGAUACGAGGAAGCAGAACCGUUUGGAAGCUCUCAUAGACUGACCUCUGUGACCCCUGCUGACCUCUGUGACCCCUGCUGACCUCUGUGACCCCUGCUGACCUCUGAUGACUCGUCAAAAUAAAAGCCUCAGCAGUUUGUCACCACUCGGCACCUUUUAAGCUGAUUUCUGUUCCUCUCCUAGCCGCCAUCUUGGAUUAUUAUCACGCUCUGAUGAAGUUAUGUUUUCCUGCUCAGUGAUUCGGGUUUAUGAACACAUUCAGAACCGGUCCAUAAGGUUUAACUGAGCGGUUCUGGUUCUGGUAACAUCCUGUCAGACUGGAUUUCUCUGGUUCCUCAUUAGUGUUCUUAGGUUCUGUCUUUUCGGGCUGAUUAGAACCUGCAGGUUCUGUGAUGGUGAACGUCUUCUUGUCAGCUGUUCUGUGCAGGUAUGGCGUGGUCGUCACCGUGCGCCGACCUUCUAGAGGAGACGAGUGAAAGCUCUGAUGUUCUCUGAUGUUCUCUGAUGUUCUCUGAUGUUCUGUGUCGCUGUGAAUCUUCCUGCAGCAGGAAACUCAAAGGAAGGUUUUUAUGCUGCUUUUUUUGGGCUCAGAGGGAAGUUUUUUUUGGUUUUCUGUUUAAAAUGUGAUUGUUUUUUAUUUUUUGUGUGUGUGUGUGUGGGGGGGGGGGUAUUUAGAUGGUUUGAGGAACAUCUCGUCUCUUUUGGUUCCUGCUGGUUGAAAACUGAGGUUUAGACUCCAGAACCUGGCUGCUCCAUGUUUCUGGAUGAGCUCCGUCCUUCAGGUCGGUUUAGAGCUGAUUGGAGAACCCAGGACCAGGUGAAGCUUCUCAGUCAGCGUCUGUGAAGGAAUCCCUCCUCCAGUGUUUCCAGUCGCCCCACCAGACCUGAUGGUGCCACAUGGGCCAAUCAUGUUUGCCUUAAUUUGUCCAGCCUGUACCUCCUGUUGGCUGGUUCCGGUCCUGGUCCCGGUCCGGUCCAGGUCCGGUCAGGAAACGCUGACCCGUCAUAAAUGUGCGAUGUGCCCUGAAACCGAACAAACGCUGGAGAUGUUUCUGAAGGUCUUUCAUCCUCAGGUUUCUCUGUUGUAUAAAAUCUGGUUCAUGUUUUUCUAUUUCUCCUGUUUCUAGUUGAGUGAAAUGUAAAUGGGACUUUUUGGCACAAAUGUUUGAAUAAAAGUGAUAAAAACAA